ACGCAAAUCAGGACACAGAGGUAGUUAAGGAAGGGCCGAUGGAUAAGUUUGCUAAGAGACUGAAGAGGUAGGUAAUAGGUAAUAUUAUUACCUAUUACCUAAAGUAUAACAAUGUCCGAUUUCAAGUCUUACAACUACCUAGGUAGGUACCUAGUGUGUUGUAAGUUGCGACUCAGAUCGAAACUUCUACUAACAUCAAUGCUUUACAUUCAACGUUGUUACUUCUCCUUUCUACCUUCCACAUAGGCCCCUGCUUAUAUAAGAGUCUGUCUGAGCAACUGCUAAAGUAAAGAAUAUCCAUAAUAAUCAAUGGCCAUGUGUAGGUAGGUAGCUUUAACUUUUGCCCAACCUCUUACAAUAUUUUAUUAACAUCUGUUGUUUUAAAUAUCGUCAAACCCCCCACGAACUGGCUGUUCCCGACAUAGUUCAUCUUGGACAUUACCUCAGCUUUGUAUUGAGCAGAGAUUUAAGGUCUAUCCGUUCGCUUCUUUGUACGAAGCCUCUGCUCGGCUACAGGUAUUCUCUUGAUAUCCUCAUUACAAAACACAUCCACAGUAAAUUCCCCUUCAAAGACAGUCGCAUUUUGUGAUGCCAACUAAACAAUCUAAGCAACUUCGCAGCACGUUUUGUCGCCGAGCCAAGCGACGAAACACAACCGCUACCACAUUUUACGACAGAAUAAUCAGUCGUAGCCAGAAAUAUCAAAAGGAGCAUAAUGCUAUGUUGACCCUAGCCUUACCCAAGAUGUAUUACUCAAACUACGACGAUGGUCCUAGGCAGGCCCUGAAGCAGACAAUGCCCCCUAAGACCUUAGCAUCGCCACUUAUUUCUCAGCCUGCUACUUUCUCACGCCCCUUGAGUGUACAACGUGCCUCUUCUAGAGAGAUUUGUGGCCUAGCCCUGGGAAUAUGUUUCCUGGUCCUGCUUAUGGGAUGGCUUCUCUUGGUAGGAAUACGGGUGAGCAUCAGGUCUUUACAUGAGGGAAGAGGCAAGGCAACUCGGAAGAUGGAUCUCGAGUGCUGUCGUAUAUUGGAGGAACGACCCACAAUCAAAGAUAGCUCGCUCUUAUCUAAGUUGAGGAAAAUAUCGGCGGAGGAACUCAUCAAAUCGGCCUGGCGUAAGGGUACAGACCUUGCUGCUAGCAUCAGAAGGGAUGCAUGCGAGCUUGGGAGACCGACAUAUCCCAUACCCGCAAUAGAUGAAGAGACGGGUCUUGGCGUGGUGGGAAACAGUGGAAUUCAGAGACGUGGUUCUUUUUUACGCACAACAUGCCGGGGAGCGGGUGUGCUGUCUGUCUAGAGGAGCAGCUAAAGGUUCGACGUAGGAAAACCCGCCGCAGGAUCCUCCGCCUAUUUCAGCGGUCAGUGGACGUCGAGGAAUGGUGAUGGGGUUGAUAGUGCUAGUAAUAUCG